UGAAGAAGAUGCCCAUCGACAGGGCUGAGUGGGAAAGUUAUUUUGAUGAAAGCGGCCAUAUUCUGAAGUCCCAAGAGUUCGUCUCGUCCCAAAUCCUGGAGAGGGGUCUGGAUCCCUCUGUGAGGUCAGAAGCCUGGAAGUUUCUCACGGGAUACUACUCAUGGCAAACGACUCAUGACGAGAGAGCCACCGUUGAAAGCAUGAGAAGGAAAAAUUAUGAGUCCCUGUGCAACAUGUGCGACAAGAUCCAGCCGCUGCUGGAGACGGAGCACCGGGAGUUCCUGGAAGUCCGCAACAUCAUCAAGUCCGACGUGCAGAGACUUUAUGUCAGAGAUGCACAGGGCAACGCCAUGUUGGACAAGAGUCAGCUGGAGAAGAUCCUUCUGCUGAACUACGUGUGCAAUGUAGAGGCUGAAUACCAGCGGGGAUUCCAUGAGAUGCUUUUGCUCUUUAGGCUACUUGUGGAAGAGGAGCACGAAAUCUAUUGGCUGUUCCAGUUCUUUCUCCAGAAAACAGAGAACAGCUGCAUCUUGAACAUUGGGGUGGAGAAGAACCUGCGCAUGCUGAAACGCUUGAUCGCCAUUAUGGAUCCCGCCUUUUCAAGGCAUCUGGAAAGAAAAGGCCAAGUGGUUCAGUCCUUGUUCCCAUGGUUCUCUCUCUUCUUCCAGCGAGUCUUCAAGUCCUUUGACGAUGUCUGGAGACUCUGGGAGGUGUUUCUGAUUGGAAAGCCCUGCAGGAACUUCCAGGUGAUCGUCGCCUACACCAUGCUCCAGAUGGUGAGAGACCAGAUCCUCCAAGAAGACAUGAGCGGAGAUGACAUUUUAUUGCUGUGCAAUAACCUCAUAGAUCUGGAAGCUGAUGUGUUGAUCUCCAAAGCCUGCGCCACCUACAAACUUCUCAUGAAACAUCAAGAAAAGGUCCCCCAGGAGCUGCAGGAGUUUUUCAACCAGCCAGAACAGUAAAGAGGCCACCGUGUGCAACCGAACAGAAGAGAACUGGGAGAAGAUUCCCACCCUGGGCUCCUGUUUUUGUGGCUCAAUGUGCAAUAGAUGGAUUAAUUGCAUGCGUUCUCCUUCUUGCCGUGAAGGCUAAACUAGGGGGAGAUUUGGGUGCCCCAUAAAUGUAGGUACAGUGCAAUAAAGUCGAAUAUUGGAUCA